GGGCUAUUCAAUACGCACGCUACUUCUAGAUUGACUGGUUUUUUGGUAUAGGUUCAAAACCGAAUCGACCGUUUCAUUCAACGUGUGACAUUCCUGUUCCUUGUCAAUUUUCUCAUUCAACGCGAACUUUAUUGGGUAAUGAUUGGUGACUGAUGAGCACCUUUGAGUAAUCUUAUACAAAUGAACUUCAGGGUCAGCGAAGAGAUCGUUUGUACUGUGAUUGAUUCAAAGACAAACUGUCUAUGUGGUGAAUGUAUAAAGCGGAGUUCUUGUAACGGUAUUACUUUCCUCUUCCUGAAGAAUAAACUCUGGGUUGAGACUAUUUCCGAUGUUGAAUUGUUUGAAAGACUAAGGACCCUUAAUCCGCAGUUUGAAUUUCAAGGUGAUACACUUCGACAUACUGUUCAUGAUUGUGUUCGGUUUGGAGAAAUGAUGGUUGAUAUCCAGCCGUCUGAUGUAUGUAACGUUUGCUUCCAGUACAAUCUGGGAGAGUCUGUGAUAAAUUGGCGCAUCAGUGCUGUUGUUCCUGUUUCUUCGGUGCUUCAUUAUCACGUUGUUCUCCCGCUUUCAUUGGCAAUGGAAUCACUUUGCAGGAAACAAGAUUUACUCAAUAAUAAGUUGUCGGCGCUUGAUCGUUACACAAAUCGACUUCGUGAAACAUUGAUGCUUCCAAUGAAUCUAGAUACAAAAAAAGAGGAUGCAAAUCAGGAUUUUGAUUUGACAUAUGACUUUUCAGGGGGUUUAUUACCAUCAUCAGUCAGUCGGAACCUUUUCUGCGAGGCGUCUAAACAUCUAUUCACACCGGAAAUGGAGAAUGUUUCGUUGUCUGAGAUACAAAUGGUGCCUGGAUGUGAGUCAAAGGAAGAUCUAAGUACAAGUGAUUUGGAGGCUGAGACGAAACGAAGAAAUGAACUUCAUAAAAAGUUGGCAGGUCAACUUGUCAAGUCUAAGGGUAAAGAAGUGAAAAGACAUGGAAUACUUCGCAAAUAG